AUCACCGACAGUCGCAUAUGAACGAGUGGCUGGCUCUACUUCAGGCGUCCGUUGCCCAACGGAGAAUCAGAAUGGAGGUCGUCUACUUGCUCUGUUCCGCCAUCUCCACCUUCCUCACCUCCUCACUCCUUUCCCUCGCCCUUGCCAUCCGUUCCAUUCCUCUCUGCUUCUCCUGCCUCCGCUUCCACUGCGACCGCAACGCUGCUGUGCUUCUCUACGAGGGCCGCGUGCGCCACGCUAGGCGCCGGCCGGUCAAGCAUGCCUUUGAGUACUCCGUCCGGUACGCGCUCAUCGACCUUGACGGCGCCCCUCACCCUUCUCACCUCUCCGCGGAACGAGCCCGCGAGAUUGCUCGGACCAACGGGCCCGUGUUUCUGCUGACGAUACCGGAGAGUGUGGGGUACGAGCAGAAUCCGCUGAGCGUCUACUACUGCUAUGAUGUGGAGGAAGGGAAAGGAGAAGAGGGAGAUGGACCAAAGCCUUCGCUUAAGAUGUGCAUUGCCGAGGUAACAAACACGCCAUGGGGGGAGCGGGUAUCUUUUACCUUCAGUCCAGGAUCUGAUGUUGCUGCAAAACCACUGCAUGUCAGCCCGUUCAUGGAUAUGCAGGGAAAUUGGCAUAUGUUUGCUGAUGCACCAGGAGAGGAUCUGUCACUUGUAAUCUCAGUUCAACACCCCACCCUUGGAAACUAUUUCACUGCAAGUUUACAUGCCAAAAGAGUCCAGUCUUCAUCUAGUUCAAUUUUUCUAGAAAAGUUUUUCUGGUUGAUGCCCCAUAAGGUUGCAGUGUGGAUAUAUUGGCAGGCUUUCAAACUGUGGUGGAAGAAUACCAAAUUUUUAGAUCAUCCUAAGUAUGCAAGCUCAAGAUACAAGGAUGACGCUGCAAGACGUAAUCGGGAACUCCACUCUGGAAAUAGUCGACAAGGUGAAGACCUCCCAAAUUGCUCAGUUAACAUGUUCCCUAGAGAUAGAUGGUGUGAAUGGCGAGAAGCUCCAUGGCCAUGGUCAUGAUGCUCUUUUUGCGUGUUAAUCAUUCUAUAUUCGUCUCUGUGAGAUGCCCAUUCUCCUUGUUAAUCUGUUGAUGUGAAUUUGAGAUGAUGUUAUUCCCCCUUUUUAAGUAUGACCGGGCAAAGGGUUAUUUAUAUUCGCGCAUAAAUUUUGUAGAUUUGUGUGAAUUUUAAAGCACUAACUUAGAUUCUAAAGUAUUUUGGUCACAAACUCUUGUUGCUAUCAAGUUGUAUAUUAAACUGUA